UUUUAUUCUCAAUUUGCAACUUCUAAAAUCUGGGGACAGAGACAUUUAUGGCCACGCUCAAGAUGGCGGAAAUCUUGGUGCCAAGCACGCAGGAGACGCAAGCGGAAGCGGAAGUACGCUCGCCGUCUACAUGUGCGGCUCCAAGUGUAGUGAAAACCGUGCUGGGUGGAGGCUGAGUGACAUCCCCCCACCAUGGGCAAGAAGGGCAAAGUGGGCAAGAGCCGGCGGGACAAAUUCUAUCACUUGGCCAAGGAGACCGGUUACCGUUCCCGCUCUGCUUUCAAGCUGAUCCAACUCAAUCGCCGUUUUCAGUUCCUGCAGAAAGCCCGAGCCUUGCUGGACCUGUGUGCUGCGCCAGGAGGAUGGCUUCAGGUGGCUGCCAAGUUUAUGCCUGUAUCCAGUCUUAUUGUGGGAGUGGACUUGGUUCCAAUCAAGCCUCUCCCCAAUGUAGUGACUCUCCAGGAAGACAUCACAACAGAACGCUGUAGGCAGGCCCUGAGGAAGGAGCUAAAGACUUGGAAGGUUGAUGUUGUACUCAAUGAUGGGGCCCCUAACGUUGGGGCUAGCUGGAUUCAUGAUGCUUACUCACAAGCCCACUUGACACUGAUGGCUCUGCGUUUGGCUUGUGAUUUUUUGGCCCGUGGUGGCUGCUUCAUCACAAAGGUUUUCCGUUCUCGUGACUAUCAGCCCCUGCUAUGGAUCUUUCAGCAGCUGUUCCACCGUGUCCAGGCCACCAAGCCCCAAGCCUCUCGCCAUGAAUCAGCAGAAAUCUUUGUAGUUUGCCAGGGAUUCCUGGCUCCUGACAAGGUUGAUAGUAAAUUCUUUGAUCCUAAGUUUGCCUUUAAGGAGGUUGAAGUUCAGGCUAAGACUGUUUCUGAGUUGGUGACUAAGAAAAAGCCCAAGGCUGAAGGAUAUGCUGAGGGUGACCUUACUCUCUAUCACCGAACCUCAGUCACUGACUUCCUGCGAGCUGCCAACCCUGUUGACUUCCUCUCUAAGGCCAGCGAAAUCUCAAUAGAUGAUGUAGAGUUGGCACAACAUCCAGCUACCACUGAAGACGUAAGGGCAUGUUGUCAGGACAUUAAAGUACUGGGGCGCAAGGAGCUCAGGUCCCUACUGAACUGGAGAACAAAGCUUCGGCGAUAUAUGGCCAAAAAGCUGAAAGAGCAAGCAAAGGCACUGGACAUCAGUCUUAGCUCGGGAGAGGAAGAAGAGGGUGAUGAGGUAUCAGCAGCUGGGACAAGACAGCCCUCUAAGGAGGAAGAGGAGGAGGAACAGCUGAACCAGACCCUAGCAGAAAUGAAGGCCGAGGAGGUAGCAGAACUAAAGAGGAAGAAAAAAAAGCUGCUGCGCGAGCAGAGGAAGCAGCGAGAGCGUGUAGAGCUAAAGAUGGAUCUACCCGGGGUUUCCAUCGCCGAUGAGGGGGAAACUGGCAUGUUUUCCUUGCGGGCCAUCCAAGGUCACCAGUUGUUAGAGAAAGUAACCCAAGGAGACAUGAGUGCUGCAGACACAUUUCUGUCUGAUCUGCCAAGGGAUGACAUCUAUGUGUCGGAUGCUGAGGAGGAUGACGAUACUUCUCUGGACAGUGACCUGGAUCCAGAGGAGCUGGCCGGAGUCAUGGGACAUCAGGGUUUAAAGGACCAAAAAUGUGUGCAGUUUGCUCAAGUAGAAGAUGAAAAAGAAGAGGAGGGGGAAGAGAAUCCACUGCUGGUACCACUGGAGGAAAAAGCAGUGCUGCAGGAAGAACAAGCCAGUCUGUGGUUCUCAAAGGAUGGCUUCAGUGGGAUUGAAGAUGAUGCUGACGAGGCCCUGGAGAUCAGUCAGGCCCAGCUGUUGUACAAGAACCGUCAGAAGGAGCAGCAGCAGCCAACAGCACCACCACUGCCACCAUCACCACCACAACCACCUUCCAGUUUGAAGUCAGAGUCUCCCCAGGGCCAGGAUGAGGCCCCUAUGGGGACACAAGCUGCCAUUGGCCCCAAAAGGGAAGACAGAGAUGACAGCUCAGACAGUGAUAGUAGCAGUGAGGAUGAAGAAAGCUGGAAGCCAUCCUGUGGUAAGAAGCGAAGCCGUGGAACUAAGUCAAAUGAUGAUGGGUUUGAGGUGGUGCCUAUUGAGGACCCAGCAAAACGUCGGAUUCUGGACCCUGAAGGCCUUGCUCUAGGUGCAGUUAUUGCUUCUUCCAAAAAGGCCGAGAGAGACCUGAUAGAUAACUCCUUUAAUCGGUAUGCAUUUAAUGAAGAUGAGGGGGAGCUUCCAGAGUGGUUUGUGCAGGAAGAGAAGCAGCACCGGAUACGGCAAUUGCCUGUUGACAAGAAGGAAGUGGAGUAUUAUCGGAAACGCUGGCGGGAAAUCAAUGCACGACCCAUUAAGAAAGUGGCUGAGGCCAAAGCUAGAAAGAAACGGAGGAUGCUGAAGAAGCUGGAACAGACUAAGAAGAAGGCUGAAGCAGUGGUGAAUACAGUGGACAUCUCAGAACGAGAGAAGGUGGCACAGCUGCGAAGUCUGUACAGGAAGGCUGGGCUUGGCAAGGAGAAACGCCAAGUCACCUAUGUUGUAGCCAAAAAAGGUGUGGGCCGCAAAGUGCGGCGGCCAGCUGGAGUCAGAGGUCAUUUCAAAGUGGUAGACUCCAGGAUGAAGAAGGACCAGAGAGCACAACAACGUAAGGACCGAAAGAAAAAAAACAAGAGGAAGUAGGCAGAGCUCCUGUGCCUGUGAGAAGUGAGAAGACCAAAGACUUGGAGGGAGAGUAGUUCACUGGCCUCCUUGGUACCAGCCCUGCUCUUGCUCACAUCACAGCUGAGAAGACAGUUCCCAGGGAGCUGGUGGGUCUUUCUGAUUCCACAACGGUCCUAAAUAGCAAGAGGACGUCCUCUGCCUGAAGGACAGUUCCCCAGAAAAGAUCUGAGGAACUGUCUUACUGUACUGACCGACCCCUCCCCAACCUUCCAUGAAGAACUUAGGGUGCUGGAUGAGAACAGUCAAAUCUCUUUUUAAACCUUUAUGUUGGGUGGUGCUUGUUGUAGCCUAUUACAGGGCAUGUGGUGUCAUUCUA